UUUUCCAGUUAGCACUGGAGCCUCCUAAAUGGUGUCUGCCGCUCCUUUCUCAGGCAGACCUGACUGGCUUUGUGCAGGAAAAGUCCUUGGAAAUCUGUACCAGCUUCUCUGAGCAAAAGUGUCUGGAAGUUCUCCAAGAUUUGAACCUCGAGAGGAUUACAGUAUAAAGAGCAAAGGAAAACGGAGUGGCUGGAUGAGGUUGCAGGUGUCUCAGCACUGACAGUGAAAAGUCACCUGGGAAGCUAAUAAGAUGUCAUCUCUACCAAGGAGGGUGAAAUCUGAAGCCAAAGCCCUUAAAUCAGAAGAACUACCUUCAUUUCUUAAUUCGAGCUCUGAAUCAGAGGAGGAAGAGGAGGAAUGGGAGCCAAAAAGAAAAAUCGCCAAGACACCUUGUUUGCCAAAGAAAAAUGAGGCAAAAACUAAAAAAGCUGCUGUUCCACGGUCAGCUGGGGCCAAGAAAAUGGUCAAGAAGGUAGCAAUAAAACAGGAAAUGGAUGUGUCCUUGCCCAUUGCACCUAUAGAAGAUAAUAGAAUGCAGCUUCUAACAGUUAAGGAAGAAGAUGUAGGCACUAAACCGAAAAGUUUAAAUCAAAAACCAGAAGAGCCUAAAAAAAUGGAAACAAAUUCAUUCCAAGGGAAAACCAAAAAGAGUUUAGGGAGUGAUGAAAAACCCUCAACAAGUGUUCCUGUAGUGGGGAAUCAAGUGAAACAUGAGAAAUGUGAGGAGGAUUUUGCAUUUGAUGAACCACCCUCUAAAAAGAUUAAGUUGAAUGCAUGUCCUGAAGGAAAGCCAGUUAAAAAUCUUGGAGGCAACAAAAUAAAAGAAGAAUUUGAAAUGAACUGGGAUAUUGUACAGGCCUUGUCAGAAAUAACUAACGUUGAGCCGUGGGUAUGUGCAAACUUAAUUAAUCUCUUUCAAGAAGAAAACACAAUUCCUUUUAUUGCUCGGUAUCGAAAAGAGCUCAUUAAUAAUCUGGAGGCCGAUGCCUUGCGAGAAGUGCAGCAAACCCUGGAAGAGCUACGUACUGUUGCAAAGAAGACACAUACAACGAUACAGAAGCUGAAGAAAGAAGGGAAAUUAUCCGGUGGCCUUUUGAAAGCAUUAUUGAAUUGCAGAACUUUGGAAGAAUUGGACCACGUGUCUGCACCUUAUAAAACUGGGAGCAAAGGCACCAAAGCCCAGAGGGCCAAGCAGCUGGGAUUAGAACCUGCUGCUCUCUGCCUCCUGCAGAAUCCUGUGGAACUCAAUCUCUUUUCUUACAUUAGACCCAAUACCAAAGGGCUUGCAAAUAUCCAGGAGGUAGAGACCGGAGUACAGCAUAUUUUAGCAGACAUCUUUGCUAAAGAUAAAGAUACACUGGAUUUUAUCAGGAAACUAUGUCAGCAGAGGUACAUUUCCAUUCAGUCAACCUUGGCAAAAGUGUCAUCCAAAAGUGGAAAUGAAAAGGAUAUUAAUAAAUUCCAACUGUACCAUGAGUUUUCGUGCAAUAUAAAGAACAUACAGCAUCAUCAGAUUCUGGCCAUUAACCGAGGGGAAAAUCUGAAGAUCCUGACAGUGAAGGUCAACAUUCCUGACGGGGUGAAGAAUGAAUUCUGUUGGUGGUGUGUCAAUGAAAGAUGGAGACCGAAACAAUUUUUAAAACCAGAAUUUAUGAAGAUCCUACGGAGUUCAGUAGAGGAUGCAUAUAAACGCCUUAUACAUCCUCUUCUCUGUAGAGAAUUCAGAUCCAAGUUGACAUCUGAUGCGGAGAAAGAGUCUGUGAUGAUGUUUGGGAGGAAUCUCCGGCAGCUGCUUCUGACCAGCCCUGUGAGGGGUCGUACUUUGAUGGGAGUAGAUCCUGGCUACAAACAUGGCUGCAAGUUGGCAAUUAUUUCACCAACCAGUCAGAUACUCCACACCGAUGUAGUUUACUUGCAUUCUGGUCAAGGAUUUCGUGAAGCUGAGAAGAUCAAGAAACUUCUGCUACAGUACAACUGUAGCACUGUUGUGAUUGGCAAUGGCACAGCCUGCAGAGAAACAGAAGCUUACUUUGCUGACUUGAUUAUGAAGAAAUAUUUUGCACCACUGGAUGUUGUUUACUGCAUUGUCAGUGAAGCAGGAGCAUCUAUCUACAGCGUCAGUCCAGAAGCAUGUAAGGAAAUGCCAGACCUAGACCCUAACCUGAGAAGUGCAGUUUCAAUAGCUAGACGUGUCCAAGAUCCAUUAGCUGAGCUAGUGAAAAUUGAGCCCAAACACAUAGGAGUUGGAAUGUAUCAGCAUGACGUAUCACAGACCUUGCUCAAAGCAACUCUGGACAGUGUGGUUGAAGAGUGUGUCAGCUUUGUUGGAGUUGAUAUUAACAUCUGCUCAGAAAUACUGUUAAGACACAUUGCAGGACUGAAUGCUAACAGGGCUAAAAAUAUAAUUGAAUGGCGAGAGAAGAACGGACCGUUUAUAAACCGAGAACAGCUGAAAGAAGUUAAAGGUUUGGGUCCCAAAUCCUUCCAACAGUGUGCUGGCUUCAUCAGAUUCAAUCAAGAAUAUAUAAAGACCUUUUGCAGUAGUAAGAAACCUGAACUUGGAAGUCGUGCACUUUUGACGAAAGCAGGUGCUCUGGGUAAAAAGAAGAGUAAACCAACACCAAGUGCCUGGCGACAGCCCAAUCCUUUGGACCAAACUUGUAUUCAUCCAGAAUCCUACAACCUUGCAGUGAGGUUUUUAUCUUUGAUUGGAGGAAACGCAAAUGAGAUAGGAAAACCAGAUAUGCAGCAAAAAGUAAAUGUGGUAAUUCAAAGGGAAGGACUGGAAGGCACAGCCAAAAGACUGAAUACCACAGUGCACACACUGCAGCUGAUUAUUGAUGGUCUGACUCAGCCUGAAGGCUAUGACAUUCGUACAGAUUUUGAUAAACCUGACUUCAAGAGGAGCAUAGUGUGCCUUGAAGACUUAAGUGUUGGUACUGUUCUGACUGGAAAAGUUGAAAAUGCGACACAGUUUGGAGUUUUUGUUGAUAUUGGUGUGGGAAAAGCGGGUUUGAUUCCAGUGCGAAACAUAACUGAAGCAAAACUUUCUAAAGUGAAGAAGAGAAGAAGCCUGGGCCUAGGUCCUGGAGAAAGAGUUGAAGUUAAAGUGCUUGAUGUCGACAUUCCUCGACUGAGGAUAACGUUGGAUCUUAUUCGUGUUUUAUGAGAAGGUUUUCAAUGAUUGAGUGUUCAUUUUAAAAGUUAAGUAAUGUCAGCAAGGUUCUGGAGGUGGAGGUGUUUAAUGAGAGUGUUGAAACUUUCAGCUUUUUUUUUUUUUUUUUUUAAUUUAACAGUUUUUCCCCAUUUCGUGAUUCUUUUCUGUUAAUAAUUGGUGGAACAGUUUUUUGGAUUACCUCCAAGCAACCUUGUUAUUUUGUCUGCAGAACAAAUGAAAUUCCAGUGGGCUGUCAGACAGAUCUCUUAUCUGUUGUCUGUGCAAGUUCUGCUGUCUUAAUCUUUAGUCAGUACUGCAUGAGCAGACACAUUUACAGCUCUCUUUCCAAAAACAGCCAUUCAGUUUGCCUGUUUUGUGGUUGAGGGUCUCAAAGAGGGCACCUAGGAAAAAAAAAGUGAUCUUUUUAAAUUAGGUGGUCAUGACAUUGCUUCAAAAGUAGACUGAAAAAAGAGCAUCUGCUAAUACUAUUGAUGGUUCAGAAAUAUUCAGCUUUAAUUUAUUUGACCAACAUUAUUAGGAGGUCUGUUUACCUGUAUUGUUUUUGCUUUUUCAGUUAUCAUUGAUUAACACAGUGGGAUGUACCUUGGAGUUUAAAGAAGUUUUCUCAAAGGUGUCAAAAGACAUUUAUGUUGUUCUAUUUGUGUGCAAAAUAAAAACACUUCUGAUCAUA